AUGAAUGUCUCGAGCAGAAGUAGUCGGGAGCUUAUGGACCAGCAUGCCCUGUCGGAAUAUGGAACAUUCCUUUCAUCAGACCCAUGGGACUCCCGCGACCAGUUAUCAUUUGGAAGAGAGGAUGAGGAUGAUCCCGCUAUUCAUUAUGAUGCUGAGUCGACCAAAACCAAUCCAUCGUCGCGCCUAGACCCAACCGCGAGAGUUUUUUCCAUCCCCGUUUGUUCCAUCGGCGCCCCGGACAGCCACCCCGUCAGUUACCAAUACAUCCCACCAAAGCUUCUUUACCGCCCCGACCGGAAGCUCUCGCAGCACUGCACCGACGACCGUGCAGACUGCGUCGAGCGUUAUGAAACGCGCAGGGCAAUCAAUUACAGCAGACAUUCUGGUCACCCGACAUCCACCACGGUCGAAGACCGAAAUAUUAGAGACGAUGAUGAGGUAUCAAUCAUCACUCAGUCGUCCACUUAUUAUAGUCCCGAGCAACGAGAAUAUGUGGUCAAGGAUCUCUCUCUAGCUAUCAUCAGGAAUCUGCAGGCUGUUUCCAGUCCUGACACGGCAGAUAUAGAAAUAAGCGAACACGUUAUGUCUCAUCUCAGAUCAGCAAUCAAGACAUUUGCGGAGACCGUUGAGUUUGAUCAAUCAGUUAGGGAGCAGGCAAAAGCCGUGAGAUUGGUCCGGAGGCUGCGGGCAGACAUUGCUCGGAAGCUCCAUGCGUCAGUCUUGGCUAGGUUAUUCUUGGCUAACAUACAGAGCACAGAAAAAAAACAAGGCCUCAUCGAUAUUGGCACCAAAGUUGAAGAAAUGAACUUGCAUGACAUUAUAGGGCAUUGGGAUCCUUCCAUGGCCGAGAACGACCGUGUCAUCCUGGAUCAUCAUGAUGAACCGGAAGCGCCAACUGUACCAAAGGGGGAAUCAAGCUCAUCGUCGAGCUUUACCAACGCUAUUGACAGCUCGACAGGAUCACGCGAGUUUGUGCUGGAAAGUCGGGGUGAUCUAGAGGCGGUGGACAGGACACACCCCGAUGACAAAGCAGAGGUAUUGUAA